UUCUAGCCUGUUAUCACGGGUAAUUUAUUUCUAUUAUACAUUUUACUUGAGAAAAAAAACGAAUUUUGCAUGAUUUCGAUUCAUUAGAUUAGAUAGUGUGUUGAAGCAUAAUUUACGGAACUAUUUUGAUGGACUCAUUUAACCAGAAUGCACUGCGCGUAUCUGAGUCAUUAGCUCCACCCACUAGACCACCUAACGACGCAGCCUUCACCUUCUUUUGCCGCCCUCAACCUGCUUUCAAAUCUGCUCUCAAACUUGCUGUCAAAUUUGCUGUCAAAUCUCAGCCUUCGCCUUCUUUUGCCGCUCUCUCUCUCAAAAAAAUGACGAGAAUCUGUGCCAUAUGUGGAUGUAAGGACAACAAAUUCAGGCCACCGGGAGUUAGUUUUUACAGUUUACCUCGCGACCCUCAACUCUGCACCCAGUGGCUAACGGCAAUACAUUUUCCCAUCGACACACCGCCAUCAGAGUACGCAAAAUUUAGAAUAUGCAGCCAACAUUUUCGUACGGAGGAUUUCGAGUAUUGUUUUUCAGCCCAGUUUUUGGGAAGUGCCUUGUCACAGGCCAAAAAAUUGAAGCCAGGUGCGUUACCAAGGAGCAGCUCAACCUUGACUGGGUCUCCAUCCACCUUCGACAUCGCUUCGGAAAGUCUACGCGAGGAGCCGGCCACCUCCACGCCUCAGCAGAGAACCACUGGACCUUCAAAAAACCCAGCAGUGUUACUUGAAAUAGAUAUGGAUACCAGCUUUUCCAGCAUCGAGACUUUAGAAGCCACGCAAACUACCUACAAGCCAGACACCGACUGUACCUCUUCCGCCAGCAGUGUCACAGACGAGGACACAGCACAGAUGAGCUGGCAGGAGAAAAAGGUUUUGGUCUCGGAGUCUAAAGUACUCGAACUUUUCAAGUUCUGUCAAACCUGUGGCACCUACAUGGAAAAAAAAGAGGUGUUCUAUGUUGGUUCCCAGAUGAGGGUCAAGUGGGAGUGUGCGGAAGGUCACAGUGGAACUUGGACAUCAUGUCCCUCUGAACGUGGAAUGCCACAGUCAAACCUCCUCCUUGCUGCUGCCAUACUUUUUACUGGAAGCACAUUUACCAAGUUGGAAGAGAUGGCCAAACUCAUCAAUCUUCAGUUCUUUAGCAACAGCACAUUCUACGACAUACAAAACUCCUACUUGCAUCCAGUGAUUCAGGCUGAAUUUGAACUACAGAAAAGCAUUGUAAUGGCCAAGUUGCUCAUGGAGCAGCAAGAUGGAAAAAUGCCACACCUUUGUUCUGAUGGCCGCUCAGACAGCCCUGGGUUCAAUGCAAAAUUCACGACAUACACUUUCAUGGCUGACCCCAGCAGGGAAAUUGUCCAUUCAGAGUUGGUCCAGGUGACCGAGACCACAAGUUCUGGGGCUAUGGAGACUGUUGCCCUCAGGCGCGGAUUGGACCAUUUGCUUGACAGUGGCCUACAUUUGGAGGUCUUGGCGACUGAUCGUUCCACGAGUGUCAAGAAAAUAAUGCGCGAGGAAUAUGAAGAGAUUGAUCAUCAAUUUGAUAUUUGGCACACUGCGAAGAAUAUCCAAAGCAAAUUGAUAUCGAAGUCCAAGAAGAGGAGAUGUGCAGCAUUGAAACCUUGGAUCCGCUCAAUCCGGAACCAUCUCUGGUACUCUACUGCCAGAGCAGGAGGAAAUGUUGAGAAAUUGAAGUCGACGUGGAAUUCAAUUCUGCACCACAUAAUCGAUGAACAUACAUGGACUGAAGGUGGGACUGAGCAUAGCUGUCAACACCCACCUCUAACCGAUGAAGACCGGGAGAAAAAAAUGUGGCUGUGUAAGGACAGUGAGGCAUAUCAGGAGCUGGCUAGCAUAGUCCUCAACACAACACUCCAGAAGGAUCUAGGAAACAUGGGGCGUUUCAAACACACAGGUGCCUUGGAAGUAUUUCACAGUUCCCUCUUGAAGUACGCUCCAAAGAGACAGUGCUUUUCCUAUCAGAGUAUGAAGCAGAGAACAAACUUGGCCAUCAUGCAUCACAAUGAGAACCUGACUCAGAAACCAAAGCUGGACUCAGAAGGAAAACCUGUGAUCAUUCAAGAAUGGAGCAAGCGUUCAAAAGAAUGGGUCACAAGACAGAGGUAUCAGCAAAACACGGUCAACUUCAGAACCAGGUUGAUGCAGUUGCUGUUGGAGAGGCGGAAUGAUCCUACUGUCAUCUUCAGGGACACAUCGUCAACUCUUCUUAGACCUGACCUGCCUGCUAACAUAGGAACACUCCCCAAACCAUCCAAAGAUGAUGCUGCCCGGAAACACAAGAGUCGUUUUGCUAAAUGAGUGACUCAUUAACCACCAGUGUCAGUGACUAUAUUGCAAGCCUCUUGUAAAUAAAAG